AAUCCAUCUCUUCACCUUCACCUUCACCUUCACCUCCGCCACGAUGAGUUUGUUCACCUCAGUUCGCGCCCUGCUGCAGUGCCAACGGGGGACUGGCGGCUCCUUCCAGAAACAACCCCAAACCGAGACUUCCGGUUUGGGAUCGCUGCCUUGAGCUCUCUCCCCAAGACCGCCCUACUCUCAAUUCAUCAACGUCUUUGAAUGACUUCGCCCAUCUCUUCCCUGAGGUCAUGAGCGGUCAUGGAAGAAAACCCAAGCAAGCGUCGUAGAUUGGACGCGGGUACCGGUGCCGUCGUUGCUAGCGGCACUCGUACAACCACCUCAACGCCAGUAUCGGUAUCAACGAGCUUGAGUCGGCCCAUUAGUCCGCCACCCUCGAGGCGGGCAAGGUCAGAGACUGUGGGAAUCCCACCGUCUUCGAAACGCAAACAAACGUAUCAAGAUGUGGCGGCGACGGAGCAGCGACCUGCAGCGGAUGGACAUCACCGGUUCCUGCCCUCUCCAAUCAGACUCACCAAGAUUCGGGAUCUGUCGCCCCAGCAAAAUGUCGAUGCGAUCGGGUUAGAAGAUGUGCUUGGAGAUCCGUUAAUCAAGGAGUGCUGGAACUUCAAUUACCUCUUCAAUGUCGAUUGGGUUAUGCAGCAUUUCGACCCUGAUGUGCGGUCCCUUGUCAAAGUCAAAAUCGUGCAUGGUUUCUGGCAGAAUGAUAAUGAGCGACGGCACGCUCUUGUGGAAGCCGCUGAACGCUAUCCUAAUGUGGGACUCAUCACUGCAUACAUGCCAGACCGCUUUGGCACCCAUCACUCCAAGAUGCUCAUUCUCAUCCGCCAUGACGACCAAGCCCAGAUUAUCAUUCAUACGGCCAACAUGAUCAACCGAGACUGGGCCAACAUGACACAGGCCGCCUGGCUAUCACCGCUGCUCCCCCUGGAGACCAAUUCUGGUGAUAGCGAGGAGAUUUCUCAUCCCAUCGGCACCGGAGAGCGCUUCAAGACUGAUCUCCUUCGCUAUCUGUCAGCUUAUGGAAACCGUCUACGAGACCUAACCACCCAACUCAGGCGGUACGAUUUCAGCUCUGUUCGUGCUGCGUUUAUCGGCUCUACGCCAUCGCGGCAGGAUCCAGAGCGUGCAACCCCAGCGACGCAGACAUCUUGGGGCUGGCUUGGUUUACGAGAGAUACUGUCCACUAUCCCCGUCAAGUCCAAUCCCCCUGGUCCCAAAGGUGGCAGUAGUGAGGCAGAAAGGAAGACCGCGACGCCGAAUAUCGUCGUGCAGAUCUCGUCUAUCGCAACUCUAGGCGCAAAUCCAACAUGGCUCACCAAUUUCAAAUCCGUUCUGGCCACUCACAAAGCACCUAAAGCCGCCGCUUCCCGCCCGUCUUUCUUCGCUCCUACAUCUGCCUCGUCCUCGUCCAGAACGUCGGCCAAGCUAAAUCCGACGUUAUCAGUCAUAUUUCCCACUGCCCAAGAAAUACGUCUCUCGCUGGACGGCUACGCCUCGGGCGAUUCCAUCCAUAUGAGAAUACAAUCUACGGCGCAGCAAGGACAGCUGGAGUAUUUGCACCCACUCCUUUGCCAUUGGAAUCCAAGUGCAUGCGGAAUCACAGAUAGAGAAAAGCGCGGUGGCAAGGGUAAAGCUCCGGAGCAAGAAACGAAGAAGGAAGCACACCGCAACCAAGCGGCGCCGCAUAUCAAAACAUACAUCCGGUUUCAAGACAACGUUACGCAACACCUCCCCAUCGCCUCUUCUUCAUCCUCGGAUGUACUCAGGACCCCCUUUUCCCCUCCUAAGAUUGACUGGGCGCUCGUCACAAGCGCAAACUUGAGCAAGCAGGCUUGGGGCGAUGUGCAGAGUGCUACAAAUGGCAAGGUAUGGAUCCAGAGCUGGGAGUGUGGUGUUGUGGUUUGGCCGGACCUAUUCGCUGAUGAUGGUGGAAGUGCUGGGGGACGUGGGGAUGAGGUGGGGGACGUGGAAAUGGUGCCGGUGUUUGGAAAGGAUGUGCCUGAUGAUUCGGAUCUGGCUGGGUGUGAAGGCAGGUAUGAUGGUACGGACGACGAAGAAGGGGAAGGCGACGAGAAAGGGAAAGGCACACAGCACAAGAGGAAGAAGCCGAAGACAUUCGUGGGAUUCCGCAUGCCGUACGAUCUUCCGCUUGAGAGAUAUCGCGAAGACGAAGUGCCGUGGUGUGCGACCAUGGCGUACGAGGAGCCGGACUGGAUGGGGAGGACUUGGUCGGGUUAUUAG